UGGACCAAGUGAAUUAAGAUUUGUUGUGUUUUGGAAAAGAGGUCCUAAAUAGUCGAAAUAGUGCGAGAAAGCCCAUGUGAAAAGCCCAUAUCUGUAGAAAAUACGUUUUUGGUUUAGGAUAUUUUUUGCAGCAAAACCCUUCCAAGUUCCAUCCCUUCCCCCUUAUCCAUAUUCUGGUUAAUCACUUCUUCCUCUGCUCUUGGGACAUGUCUAUCACUGCCACUACCUUCAAGUCCCUUACAAUGGCCGAAUCGUGCCUUCUCUCUUCUCACUCCUCACUCCUUUACAACAAACCCAAACCCCUCUUUUUCUCUCUUCCAUCAAAACCCCUCACACUCCACUUCUCAUGCCUCCACUCUUCCCCUUCACUCUCUCUCACCCUCGCCUCCCGAACCCAACGUUCUCCCGUCCUCUCGCUCGUGGCCCAAACUUCAGACUGGGCCCAACAACAAGAAGAAGAGGAAGGUGUCACUGAAACCGAAGCGGGCCUUUCCGAUUGGCAGCCCAACGGCGAAGACGCUGAAAUCGAAGGCAGCGUAGAAGAAGAUGGUGAAGACGAAGAAGAAGGUUUCGUCGAACCGCCAGAAGAUGCAAAACUCUACGUUGGAAACUUGCCUUACGAUGUUGAUAGCCAGAAAUUAGCCAUGCUUUUCGAGCAAGCCGGAACCGUUGAGAUUGCCGAGGUUAUUUAUAAUAGGGAAACGGACCAGAGUCGUGGAUUUGGAUUUGUAACCAUGAGUACAGUUGAAGAAGCUGAGAAGGCUGCGGAGAAAUUCAACCGCUAUGACUAUGAUGGAAGAUUGUUGACUGUUAAUAAGGCUUCUCCUAGAGGAUCUCGACCGGAACGCCCACCGCGCACUUUUGAGCCUUCCUUUGCAAUUUAUGUUGGUAAUUUGCCAUGGAAUGUUGAUAAUUCCCAGCUGGAGCAAAUUUUCAGUGACCAUGGCAAGGUUUUGAAUGCUCGGAUAGUCUAUGACAGAGACAGUGGUCGAUCACGUGGCUUUGGCUUUGUCACAAUGUCUGAUGAGAAGGAAAUGAAUGAUGCUGUUGCUGCUCUUGACGGUCAGAAUUUGGACGGGAGGGCGAUUAAGGUGAGUGUUGCUGAAAAGCCCAGGCGUGGCUCCUUUUGAAUGGUACCUAAAGUAAUCCCCCACGUCAGGUGCUAGAGUUCUCUAUUUUUCCUUUUUAAUAGAUGAGGAUAUAAUGCCGAUUUUUCUUUAAAGCAAUUUCCUUCUUGGUCCUUCAGUUUCAGAUUAGAUUUAUGUACUUUACUGUUAUAACUUAUAAAUUUAUUAUGUUCAGUAGAAAAGUAAGUUGUAAUUCCGACUCCCGAGACUUUGAGGAAAGUCUACAUUGUUGCGUUUUCUGUUGGGUUAUUUAUUAUUAUUUACGGAAUGAAAAAGAAAAGAACAAAAAAAACAGAGGAAAGUGGGAUGUUCUGCCGAAACUAUUGUAGAGUUGGUUUGCUUUUAAAUUCUUUGGUCAACUAGAGUUGGUUUGUUUGAUUGUAUUUGAAAUCCCGUUUUGUUAAAUAAGAGAACGAAGUAUAAUAAUUUUUUUAAAUCUUAUUUAUGACGUUUCUUGAAUCCACAAGAUAUACUUUGAUCUUACGG